AUGAAGUUAGUGCCCGUACCCCCUAGUACCUUAUCUCCAUACUCAGUAGGCGGUGCUCAAUCUUUCCCGAUCAAACAUUCAACAGUCGAUGAGAUCCACAUCUUCCUUACGGCAAAUCCACCAUACGCGCUUGAAGAGAACAUCAAGCAAAGAAACAUGCCUCCUCGACACCAAACACUCCCUGCAGCGCAGACUGCGGCUGCGCGGGAAGCGCAAAAGUCUUUCUACUGCCAGCUGUGCUCUAAAGGCUAUUCGAGGAUGAAUGACUAUGAAGCUCAUCUCGGCAGUUAUGACCAUAGUCACAAACAGCGCCUCAAGGAUAUGAAAGCCAUGGUUCGUGACCCUAAUGCUGGCUCACGUGCGCGUAAGGCAGAGGCCAAAGCGGAUGGUCUCAUUAGCAUCAAGCUCCCCGGCCAGGAAGCUGCUGUGAGUACAGGAGGUGGAGGCGGAGGGUUCAAGAAAGGUGGUUUCAAGAAGAGUGGCUUCAAGAGUGCUUUCACCAAAGUCGAAAGCAGCGGAUCAGGAUCAACGCCAUCAAUCACUGAAAAUCUCAAGCCGACCAACGCGUUUGAGCCUGCUCCUAUCAACCCUGGUCUCCAGAAAAACCUCUCGUCAGAGAGCGACACCGAAGAUGAGGGCUACGAGGUUUACAAUCCGCGAUUUCCUACCAACUAG